AUGCAGAUACGCAACUCCAGUGUAGCCGCGGAAAUUGCCGCCACACUCGAGAUUCGAACAGACGUCAUUCCGGUCAGGGGCGAACGACCGAACCCCUGUGCUAUCGGGCUCGAUGUUUUGGCCCGGUCAGGGGCGAAUGCCCUAACCCCUGAGAUAUCGGGCUCGAUAUUUUGUCGGUCAGGGGCGAACGCCCUAACCCCUGAGAUCGAUGUUUUGCCGGUUGUUGAUCGGGAUAUAGAUAGGACAUAUUUGUACACCGAUCCUAUGCAGGGCACACCUGCCCUGGUAUUUUAA